GGCCAUACUUCUCCUUCCCUCUUGGCUCUGUCUCUGUGGCAGAGUGUGUGUGUGUUUGGAGGCUUAAGGCUGGGCGGUGCUGGAGGGAGGGGGACCAGCGGGCGGACCUCAGCGUUGAGUGGAUGGAGGGGCAGGGCUCCCAUCACACCGGACCCCAAUCCGUGCCAGGACCUUUCACAGCCCAGGCCGCCUACUCAGUUGUCUGGAACAGGAUAGACCUGUGGAAAAUUGACCGAUUGGAUACACAAUACUGGAGUCUGGGAUAGAUUUGGAGUAACGUUUUUUUUUAAUAUAUUUAUUUUCAGUUUGGAUUAUCUGCCUUUUGAUUCCCUCACAAGACACAAAUACGAUUGAGGUCAUUGCUGAUGGAAAUAGUCGACUGUGGGAUUUCAGCAUUUGGCUGUUGUGAUUUCAGAGUCAUGCCAUCAUGACUGCCCUCACCCUCCUCGGUGGGUUAGCCGUUGCGUUUGCGUCGCGUGUGCGUCUGUCCUCCUUUUUGACCCUCUAUUGACAAACCGCAGACCACACGACGGAACAGCUGAUAAAAUAGCCCACUCUUUGUUUGGUUGUUUGCCCCGGCCUUUGGGCCGCUGUUGCCUUCACCGUUCCCGUCAGUGGCCUGCGUAUGAUUUCCUAACGGCUGUCAAGCGUGCAGAGGAUGGGGACGGCAGCAGUAGGUGGGAGGGGUGGUGAGGGGUUGAGGGUUACAAGUGAAGGUUAAAAAGACAAGUUUACAUCCGUUUGUACUGACCAGCUGCUCUUCAGCGUCACGGUUGUGACUGUGUCCCGUGUCUUGCUAACACGCGCACACACAAACCCACCCACACUCUGGGUGACCUGUGGACUAGGUAGCCGAGCUUGGACGGGAGUCGUUGCCGAAUGACCUCAGCCCUGAAGAGAGGCGGGACCUGGAGAGCAUCCGACGCAGGAAGCAAGAGCUGAUGCAAGACAUACAACGUCUGAAGGAUGAGAUUGCAGAGGUGACCUGUGAGAUCGAGGACCUGGGACUCACCCAAGAGAGAAAGAACAUGCAGAGGAAUAAACAGAUGGCCAUGGGCCGUAAGAAGUUUAAUAUGGACCCAAAGAAGGGGAUCAGGUUCUUGAUUGACAGCGCCCUCCUGAAGAACACGUGUGAUGAUAUUGCCCAGUUCCUGUACAAGGGGGAGGGGCUUAACAAGACUGCCAUAGGAGACUACCUGGGGGAGAGAGAUGAGUUCAACCUCCAGGUCCUGCAUGCCUUCGUGCAGCUCCAUGAGUUCACGGACCUCAACCUGGUGCAGGCCCUCAGGCAGUUCCUGUGGAGCUUCCGUCUGCCCGGCGAGGCCCAGAAGAUCGACCGCAUGAUGGAGGCCUUCGCCCAGCGCUACUGCCACUGCAACGCCGGCGUCUUCCAGAGCACAGACACGUGCUACGUGCUGUCGUUCGCUGUGAUCAUGCUGAACACCAGCCUGCACAACCCCAACGUGAAGGACAAGCCGUCCGUGCAGAGGUUCACCGCCAUGAACCGAGGCAUCAAUGACGGCGGAGACCUCCCAGAAGACCUGCUCAGGAACCUCUACGACAGCAUCAAGAAUGAACCCUUCAAGAUUCCAGAAGAUGACGGGAAUGACCUCACUCACACCUUCUUCAACCCUGACCGGGAGGGGUGGCUGCUGAAGCUAGGAGGGGGACGCGUGAAGACCUGGAAAAGACGCUGGUUCAUUCUCACCGACAACUGCCUCUACUACUUCGAAUACACCACAGAUAAGGAACCCAGAGGGAUCAUUCCCCUGGAGAACCUCAGCAUCAGAGAGGUGGAAGACUCGAAGAAACCGAACUGUUUUGAGCUCUACAUCCCGGACCAGAAGGACCAGGUGAUCAAGGCCUGCAAGACGGAGGCCGACGGCCGCGUCGUCGAGGGCAACCACACCUUCUACCGCAUCUCGGCCCCCACGACCGAGGAGAAGGACGAGUGGAUCACCAGCAUCAAAGCGGCCAUCAGCAAGGAUCCCUUUUACGAGAUGCUGGCGGCCCGGAAAAAGAAGGUGUCUUCCCUCAAGGGGCUGUAGCGUCUGCGUCGGAGCGACCACUGGUCUGUCCGUCCGUCCCAUGCUGUGGACAGUGCACUAUGAGGACCUAUAUGCCCACAGGGCCAUUUUGGAUGAGGGACCCUGUCCUGUGUGGUUCAUAACAGGAACACUAUACCUAUACAGGGGUUAACCGUUGGACCUAGCCUAUAGACCGAGAGGAACGGCCUUUCCGGCGCCAUUAUCUGCUCCCUCGCUCUCUCUCUCUCGCUCUCAUGCUAACUCUUUCUCUUUCUUCUAAAACACAUAAACAAGCAGAUCCCUAGAGCAAACUCCCUCCUCAAGCGUAAUUGUUACUUUUUCUGUCGAGACACAGAAUGAUCUACAAUCAAAGCACUUCCGGCAAACUUACACCUCCCUCUGCUCCUCUAACAUACAAAUUAGAGGACAAAAAUAAUUUUGAUAUUUUGCUAUUUAAGUGAUACUGCAGUUGAGCUCAACAGGAAGUCCCCCCAAUCCAUUUCAUGGUGUCACAAAAUGGCAGUUGUCAUUUCUUUGAUGGGACAUUUUUUAUACUAUUCUUUCUAAGCCUUUCCUCAUAUUCAAAUACAAUUUAUUUGAAAGCAAGGGCGACAAAAUGCUGGACAUUUAGGUUAUCCUACUAUCUACAUAUCUUUGAGCUACAUAAAAAAAAUAUCAUACUUUGUAAAUAAAGUGUUUACAUUAUUUAAAUAAGAAUGUCCUCAUUUACUUUUUUCCAAUUUCAACAUAAGAAUAUUUUGUUUGUAGUGGUAAGUUCUGCACUGUU